CAAAAUUGAUUGAUACAACUCCUCCCACCAACAAUCUUCCCUCCUCUCUUCCUCAGAUCGAAAACCCUAAAAUCAAAUCCCACCUCAAUAACGAUGAAUCUUCCCUCUCUGUAAUCGGCGAUUUCUAAAUGGCAUGCGUUAAACGGAUCCAAUGGUGAUUAACAACAAAAACGAGGGAUUGAAUUGAAGUCGUUGGGGACAAUACAUUGCCCCUCUAGCGAGUAUUGUCAAUGGCAUCAGCUCAGGUUAAGGCUAGUUCCCGGAGGCAGGAGGUCGCCGAAGCUGGACGCCGUAAGCUUGAGCAGUUCCGGAAGCAAAAGGCUGCCAAGAAGGCAUCACAAAGUAAUAAUAAUUCUACACAUCCUGUUGACAAAACUGUCACAGAUUCAGAUGGAGACGUUGUUGCAUCCACCAUCUCUAACGGACCUUUUAGUCAUUCUGCUCAAACUCAUCAUGCUCCCUUCAACGAAACCCAAGCCAAGUCCUCGUUUUCUGGAGAUGUAUAUAACUUAUCGUUUUCAAAUAUAACACCUAAGGAUGUCAGCAGAGAAAGAGAUGAGUCAAUGGGUACAUCUGGCUUCUCUAGUAGCUUAGAGCUGAAGGGUUCCUCCAAUGAGGGUACAGUGAACAAUAGGCCUCAAGUUUUACCUUUUAGCAAUCUAGAUAAGCAAUCCAGUGGGGAUUUCCAUCUUCCCAAAGGGGCAUCUCCUUUUUCUGGAAGCACUCUGCUUUCAACAUCGAUGCAAAUGGACGGUUUCAUGCAUAGCACUGAAUCCAGAAAAGACUCUCUACAACCUACUACCAGGAUGGCUGGGUCUAUUCACGAAGUUGACAAAAUCCAACAGGGAAGUGGUGAGCUAAGAGGAGGAGGUAGCAGCACUGUGCAGAAACCAUCGUUGUCUAGUAGUUAUUUGUUUAGUUCUCCGGAAACAUCAUCUCGGCCGUCUGAAUCUUCGGAUUACAGCGUAAAUAUUACAAGCUCUUCUCCCUUGUACUCAUCUAUUAAUGAAUCAAGUGUGAAGAGAAAUCGUCCAUCUUUCCUUGAUUCCCUUAAUAUUUCAAGAACUCCAGAGACUCAACAUCAACACCCUGAGAUUGAGGCGGAUUUGGCUACACCAAGUGGUUCCCAAAUAACUGGCGGUGAUCGUUUUGGACUAUCUUCAAGCCAACAUGUAUCAGAGAAAAUAGACAGCAAUGGACCAUCAUUGACAAGUGGAGCAUCUGAUUACUCAUUUGAACAUUUUAGGAGUCCUUUGUUUCCUGUUGCCAAUGGAGUAAUGCCAGGUUUCACUAAUUACUCAAUGCCAAAACAAAAUGAUGAUUUUAGUACUCUGGAACAGCAUAUUGAGGAUUUGACACAAGAAAAGUUCUCACUGCAAAGGGAUCUUGAUGCUUCACGUGCUCUGGCCGAAUCCUUAGCAUCUGAAAAUUCUUCGAUGACAGACACUUAUAACCAGCAGAGAAGUGUUGUCAACCAACUAAAAGAUGAUAUGGAGAAGCUACAACAACAGAUCCAAGAACAAAUGGCGGAACUUGAAUCCUUCAGGAUUGAGUAUGCAAAUGCACAGCUCGAAUGUAAUGCUGCUGAUGAGCGUUCCCAAAUACUGGCUGCUGAAGUCAUCAGUUUGGAAGAUAAGGCUCUAAGACUCAGAUCUAAUGAGUUAAAGCUGGAGAGGGAACUUGAGAAUGCACAAGCGGAAGUGUCAUCUUACAAGAAAAGAUUACAGAGCCUAGAGAAAGAUCGCCAAGACUUACAGUCUACUAUUAAAGCUCUUCAGGAAGAAAAGAAGGUCCUACAAACUAUGGUGCAGAAGGCUUCCUCUGGUGGAAAGUCCACUGAUCUCGGUAAAAGCUCCACUAGCAGGAAAAACGCAUCAACCUCUACCCAAGGUCUUGCAAUUUCAGAAGCUGUGUCAGGGAGCUCCAACCAGGAAACCGAUGCUACUGCGCUGCUCGAAAGUGAUUCGUCUAAUACAGCUAUCAAUCCUGAAACUGGACCAUUAACUCUUGGAGGAUUUUCAUUGAGCGUCCCGGCUGAUCAAAUGAGAGUGAUUGAUAACAUUAAUACAUUGAUUGCUGAGUUGGCAAUUGAAAACGAGGAACUGGUGCAAGCAUUGUCAUCUGAGUUAUCUCGAAAUGCACAUGUGAAGGAGCUGAAUAAAGAGCUAUCCAGAAAACUUGAAGUGCAGACACAAAGGUUAGAGCUUCUAACAGCACAGAAUAUGGCUAUAGACAAUGUGUCACCUGCAAAGCAGCCAGAUUCUCAUGUUGUUCAAGAGAGAAUACCAAUUGCAGAUGAGGGCGAUGAGGUGGUGGAAAGGGUCCUAGGAUGGAUCAUGAAGAUGUUCCCAGGAGGGCCAUCGAAAAGAAGGACGAGCAAGCUACUCUAA